AUGGCGUCGUUUGCUGCCAGCUCAGCCGGCGAUAACACGCUUGAUUCUCCCGCUCCCUCUCUCGCCGAACCGUCAGCAGCGGCGGCAGCAGCUUCUGCUCCGGUUGGGGCAGAUGUCCCGCCUUGCCUCGCCCCUGUACCCCCUCUCCUCUGGCGCCCCCUUGGUGUGCCUCCCUCCUCCUCCAACGAGAUCUCCUCUUACUUGCUGCGGGCUGACUUGUGCCUUCGUCUCCCUCGCAUGCUUCGUGUGAUGGAGGUGGAUGCGCUUGCGCUUGUGGCAACUGCCCUUGCAGAAGCCAGCCCCGGAGGGGUCCCGGGGCGCCAGGUCCCAGCCCUGCUCCGGGCCGCCUCGGCGCUGGCUGGGCGCGGAGCUUCUUCCCGGCUUUCGCGCGGGCGGCGUGGGCAGCAGCACCGGUCCCGUAGUGCGACAGUCUCCAUGGCAGCGGGCAAAAAUGAGCCGACGCCAGCGCCAGCAACAGCGGCGAUCUCAGGCGCCACCUCCACCUCCUCUCCAGUCCCCGGUUCAGCCGCCUCCCCCUCUGCUGGCCACACAGGCGCAGCUAUCUCCAGCAGCGCCAGCGGACCAGGUACAGCCGAUGAUGCCGCCGCUGCCGACCAGCUCUGCGCCGGCUCCCCUUCUUCCGCCACCGCCUCCUCGGUCCUCCGCCUGGACUGCUCCGCCAGCAGUGCCAGCGGGCUCCACGCGUGCCUGGUGCGCCGCAAGGUGAAGUGCCCGCCUCUAGCAGCGGGGGAGCGGGAGCUGGCCGCUGCUGCAGCGGACGAGGUGCUGGAGUCUCUCCCACAGUUGGGGCUGGAUAUGGGGUCUCCCGGGAUUGCCGCUGGCCCUGGGCCGGCUGCCGUGAGGCGCCUGGCAGCAUGUGCUCAGCAGGGUCCAUUCGGCUUGCUUCCGGCCGCGGCAUCCGUGCUGCGCUGGUUGGACGGCCGGCUGGUGUGGCUCCUUGUAGAGUAG